AUGGCUGGUUCUCAUCACAUUCAACAAGACGUUCCGCGACUCCUGCAUAAACUUCUCUUCGUGUUCUCCCUUGCUGUGGUUUGCGCGUCGCUGUACUUCAUUCUCUCCGGCUGCUGUGAUUUUAUUUUAGUGGAUACUGCGAAACAUUUGAAGCAAACCUCUCAACUUUUACCUUUGACUGAGCUGUUCCAAAGGAAGAAUGCCUCAUUUGAGAAGAGGGCUACAGAUGUCGGUGUGCGCUCAGCAUCCCCCGUCGGCAGCGCAGGUGCGACAGGUGCAGUUGGUGCGCAAUCAGCCAAUGUUGGUAAGGACUGGACCGCAGCAAGGAGACUACCCCAAGCAAUCAUCAUAGGGGUGAAAAAGGGCGGAACACGAGCUCUUUUGGAAUUCCUAAGACUUCAUCCUGACAUUCGAGCACUUGGCUCUGAACCUCACUUUUUCGACAGACAUUACUCACGUGGGUUGAAUUGGUACAGGAACCUGAUGCCCAAAGCUCUGGAGGGCCAGGUGGUCCUGGAGAAGACACCCAGGUACUUUGUGACGGCGGAUAGCCCCGGCCUGAUCCACGCCAUGUCCCAGGAGGUCAAACUGAUCGUGGUGGUGCGUGACCCUGUGACCCGCGCCAUCUCUGACUACACCCAGAUCAUAUCCAAGACUCCGGGCGUUCCCAGCUUCGAGACCCUGACGUUCCAUAACGGGACGGAGGAGGCGUUGAAGGUGGACUCCCUGUGGAGCCCCAUCUGGAUUGGCCUGUAUGCUCUGCACCUGGAGAGGUGGCUGGCCCACUUCCCCUUGGAGCAGAUCCACUUUGUACAUGGGGAGAGGCUGGUGAGCGACCCUGCAGGGGAGCUGGGCAGAGUCCAAGACUUUCUGGGCCUUCAGAGGAUCAUCACAGACAAACACUUCUACUUCAACAAGACAAAGGGUUUCCCCUGCCUGAAGAAGCCAGAGGGCAGCAGCAAGCCCCACUGCCUGGGCAGAACCAAGGGCAGGCCACAUGCUGACAUCCACCCUCAGGUCAUCCUCAGGUUACGUCAGUUCUACCAGCCACACAACCUGCGCUUCUACCAGAUGACAGGGCAGGACUUUGGCUGGUAG